AUGGAGCAUCACCCGAGUAGCAAUAUUGAAGCAGAAGUAUAUGCAUUUAAUGAUUUCAAACAUCGUCCUGCGGUCCCUUUGGAACCCCCUUCUAAUACCGAGCCUUGGCAUUCAUUCCAUUCCCGAGUUGAGUUCGAAGUCGCUGAACUUGCCCUUGAGGCGGGUUUAAAUAAUGAACAAACAAACCGACUUAUCAAAUAUGAAAAUUUCACAUUCAAGAACCACAAAGACAUCCACGUCAAGUGGGAAGCGGCUUCUUUUCACAUUACUAAGUUUACCAAGGAAGUCAUUUCGGUCCCAUACAACGGCAAAACGUGGAACUUUGACCUACAUUACAGGGAUCUCUGGGGAUUAGCUAGUGACCUACUUGGGGACCCUCACAUUUUUCCACAUUUCACGUUUGACACGCAACACUUAUCUAAGUUUGAUGGGGAGACUUUUGUUCGCUUCACAGACAAACCAUACACUGCGCAGGAUUUCUGGGAUGUACAAUCACAAUUACUGCCAGGUGGGAAGCCCUUGGCCUUCAUACUAUACGCUGACAAAACAAGACUAUCAUCAUUUGGGACAGUGAAGGGCUAUCCUGUGGUUGCACAUUUAGCGAAUCUGCCCACUGGUAUUCGAAAUGGACGAGACACCGGUAGCGGCUACGUGGUAGGAUGGCUACCAAUUGUAAAGGAAGAUAAGGACUAUGCUGGAAAGCCCAGCUGGGUAAACUUCAAAAACGCGGUCUGGCACGAGUUGUUUCAAAGAAUCACGUUGUCGUUAGCAUCGAAAUCGAGGGUGGGACAAUGGUUUGCUUGCAUGGAUGGCGUUGAAUGCUGGUGCGUGAUAUCGCUAACACGAGGAGUCAUGAGCCUAUGGCCAUGUCCCAUAUGUCUUGUCCCUCAAGAUGCACUCAGUGAUACCUCGAAGACAUACAUGCGCCGGACUGCGGAUGAUUCACGUGCUGCAGUAACAACUGCACGAGCAAAAGAUACCAUAGAAGAGCAAGAGGAGGUUCUAAAAGUACUAGGACUACGUAACAUUGAGAAUGCACUAUGGGCCAUACAAUACUCGGAUGUCCAUAGGGUGUUGUCGCAUGACCGAUGCCACUUUAAUCAUGGCGAGCUUUGGUCAUGUCACUAUUGGGUUGAACUGCAGAAAUACAUAGCAAGACUCGGACGAGCAAAAGUAUCACAAGUUGAUAAGGUAUAUCAAGCAUUCCCUCGCUGGCGGGAUCUACGGCACCCAAACCAAGUGAUGAAUGUUUCGUUUGCGGACAGUGCCAUGCAUGAAGAUAUUUUGAAGAUGAUCAUCUAUGCUAUGCAUAACAUCCUGAUGGAGGACGAAUCACCACUUGGAUACCUUUUGCUCCGAUGUGUGCAACUUUACCUUGAGGCCGAUAUAUAUGCUGCAUUUGAAGUUCACACAACUGCAACAAUCAGCGCAGGGAGAGGUGCUGUCCAGGCCCUGACAGCACUUAUGAAGCAAUGUAUCAUUAAAACUGAGGAUGAUGACAAAUCAGACAAGGAUUGGAAUUUUCCGAAGUUGCACAUGUUGAUGCACUUAUUUGACGACAUCGAGGCCAAAGGAGCUUCAAGGAAUUACAAUACAAAGCCAAACGAGCAGAUGCAUGGACUGUUGAAGGACUGGCAGCUACCUAUCAUUAAAAUCCUUCGAAUGGAUCACUGGUUUCAUGUUGCAGACGAUAUUCGUCAUCGUCUCUUGGACUUAGAUGACCAUCUAAUGUUCACAUCACAAGGCCAAGCAAACGAUGAUGAUGACAAAGAUGAAGAUGAAGAUGAAGAUGCUCAGUGCCCUGCAAGUGACUUCCUCCCUGGUUUGAACGUCGAUGGGUCUCUGCAUGUGAAACUCGGUUCCAGCCAGGCUCCACAGACAUUUGCUCUCAUUGAGGAUACUCACCAGAACAAUGACGCAUUCAUCAACUUCCGUGUCAAGCUCAACUCAUUUCUAAACGACUUUCUCCCUGCCUGCAACAUACCCCUUCCAGAUGGAAAGAGAAUUCACCUCAAAUCAGAUGUUGCAGUUACUGCACAUCAAUUUCUGCGAGUGAACUUCGAGUCCCUCGUAGAUUGGCGGCAACACAUGGACUACUUGCGGUGCAACCCAUGCUUCUAUAAUGCACCCCGCUUCGAUUGUGUCUUCAUUCAGACCCAUGCGAAUGUCAUCAUUGGACGUCUGCUCUUCCUUUUUGAUUGCCCAGUUGGAGAGGAUCUGUUUCCGCUUGCUCUUGUCCAUCCAUUCGAUGCUCGCACAGGUACGCGACUUCGAAAGGAUGGACAGCUCAAUCUUUUCAGGGUUCGAGCAAAGCCACGAGCACAAGCUGAAUUUUUCUCGGUCAGGUCGAUCAUUCGCAGGGCACUUCUAGUGCAUGAUGCCAGCCUUGACUACCUUGUCGUUGACACGGUUGAUACCGACAUGUUCCUCCGGGUGAAGGAAAUACAUUUGCAGGCUGGACAUGUAAUUCGCAUUUGA